AUAUAUUUUGUCGAACAUUCACGAUAUUUACUCGCAGUUGCGGUAGUCGUUGACACAACUCCCUCGGCAUGGACGCGGCACAGCUCUCGAAGAAGCUUUACUUCACCAGCGUGUUUCGGCUGCUAGCUCUGCUGUCAGUGUUGCCCGCCGUCAUUUCGGAAAAUCAUCCAUACACAACUAUAGCUGAAAAGAGCAUCGCGGGGUACAAGCCGAGGGAAACUUCAAGCUUCACUAUUCCCAAUUAUCAGUGCAGCGGGUUCAUUGAUGAGUCUUUACUGUGCGGCGUCGGCGGUGUAGCGGGAUCAGUGCGAGUGAUGGUGCGGGAGGGCACGUCAUUCCCAACGGUUCGCAUCAACCGGCAUCUACGCAACGUCACCAUUCUUCGUUCUCAGGACCUGUGGGGAGUCUGCUCAGGGACUGCCGAGGUAGACGUAUACGUGGGCUGCCUGGUGUCACCGUCGCUGAAGCGGCCCCGACGCCGCCGCCGUUUUAUAGCUACUUUACCCGCAGCACCCGCAGCAUCAGCGGAUCGAACUCUAAUUGAUUAGAACCACAAGCGAUUGCAUCUACGUGAUUUAUAUUAUAAAAUUAAGUUGAAUUGUAAAAGCGAUUUCUAUUAUUAUUUUAUUUCUUAAAUAUUAAAUUCGUUAUUAAAAGGGAACGUGGCCAUUGGAAUGUUUAACGACCACACUGUAUGUGAAAAUUAAAGCAAUCAUAAAAUAAAUACAAUUCUCUCAC